AUGGCUGUUCGUGCACAAUUUGAGAAUAGUAACGAGAUUGGUGUAUUCUCUCGUUUAACCAACAGUUAUUGUUUGGUAGCCUUGGGUGGCUCUGAGAAUUUCUACAGUGUUUUUGAAGGUGAAUUAGGUGAUGUUAUCCCUGUUGUUCAUACUUCCAUUGCUGGUACCCGUAUCAUCGGUCGUUUGACCGCUGGUAACAAGAACGGUUUGCUCGUUCCCAGCACCACCACUGAUCAAGAGCUCCAACAUUUGCGCAACUCGCUCCCUGAUAAUGUUGCUGUUCAACGUGUCGAAGAGCGUUUGUCUGCCUUGGGUAAUGUCAUUGCCUGUAACGAUUACGUUGCUUUAGUCCACCCCGAUAUCGAUCGUGAAACUGAAGAGAUUAUUGCUGAUACACUCCAAGUCGAAGUUUUCCGUCAAACUAUUGCUGAUAACGUGCUUGUUGGAUCUUUCUGUGCUUUGAGCAACCAAGGUGGCCUCGUUCAUCCCCGUACCUCUGUCCAAACCCAAGAUGAAUUAUCCUCUCUUUUGCAAAUUCCUUUGGUCGCUGGUACAGUGAACCGUGGUUCUGAUGUUAUUGGUGCUGGUUGUGUUGUCAAUGACUGGUGUGCAUUCGCUGGUAUGGAUACUACCUCUACUGAAUUGAGUGUCAUGGAAAGCAUCUUCAAGUUGCAAGAUGCUCAACCUACUGCUAUUGUCAACGAGUUGAGAGAUACCUUGGUUGAUACUUACUCUUAA